GCCCGUUUUUCAAAAUUUGGUUACCAGGGCAUUAAAUUUGAUAUUCUUCAACUGGGAAUUUUGUCUUUUGAAAAUGCAAUCGUCUGGGCUCCGAUGAAUUUUUCACGAUGGUUCUCUCGAAUUGUACGUACGAGUCAAGUUGAAGUUGGGCGGAAGCAGCAGGCGGCACUCGGGAGAAAAUACGAGUAGAUAUAGCGGUGGACCGGCCCGUCCGCGGGGCGGGGGUGGGCAGUAAUUGGCGGUGGCGCUUCGAUAUAGCUAUUGUUGCGCUUGUACUUGCGUCUUGCGGUGAUACGAGUUUUAUUGUCGCGAUAAAUCACUCGGGCUCUUAUCAACGGCGCGAUAACAGCAACAUACACCGUACACAGUACACACACACCGAGUAAGCGCGAGCAACGAGCAUUAAACAAUAACACAAGCGAGUAUGUAUGGUACUGUACUGUAGUGAAACCGUCGUCAGCGGGCGAAACGAAAGUUAUAUUACUCAUUACUUGUAUCUAAAUGUGAACCGAAACCGGGUACAACUAUGUGUCGAAUGUCGAAUGUCGAAUGUUAAAUAUCGAAUACUACAUAUUAACGAACUUAACCAGUUAGGUAGCAGCCAGACGCCGCCGCAGCCAGACUGCCAGUGGGGCAGUGGCAGUGCCGAACUGCCGACUGUCAGAGCUUCGUCGAGUGUCGCUCAAAAAGCACGUGUUGCGUUGCGUUUCUUCUGUUCAUUGCGAAUCACUGAAUCGGAAGGUUGUGUUACUCGUUACGUUUCGAUGCCGAAUCGGUUAAUACAUUAUUUAUUACGCGAUCGUGAAGCCGGUAUUCUAUCGUUGACCACUGACCAGCUCACAGCUGCAGCAAAUCGAGUGGUGAUCUGGUCGUAGUCGUAGAGCGAUCAGCGAUACAGCAAAGUAGCUGGUAACCGAGGCCAAGGCGAUGGAGUUGCAGGAUAAACCAGCGGCAGCGGCAGCGGCAGCGGCAGCGGCAGCGGAAUUCUCUGCCCAAGUUGACGACGACAUGACCGAAAAUUCCGAAAAUCCCGAGUAUAGGAAGAGCGUCGCUUCUCACCCGACCAACGAUGCCCACGAUGCCGAUGCCGAUGACGAUGACGACGACCCCAACUACUCGUACGACCGGAAUUCACGCUCAAAUUGGCUUCAUUUCAAAACACAAAUCUUGUGCGCCAUCAUUAUUGGUAUUUCUAUGAUACACGCCGGAUUAACAAUUGCGUUUAGUAACUUGCUGAAUCGGCAUUUCAGCGAUCAAACGAUCGCAAAUUUCGCUAGUUUGAGCGCACUAACCACUCCGGUGGGGUCUUGCCUGAUAAGCGCGACAGCGGACCGUUUCGGCAGAAGACGUAAUCUGCUUCUGAUUCAAGUUGGUUGCGUGGUCACAUGGACGGCGAUGAGUGCCAUCGAAGGAGAGUUGACGCUUUAUUUGGGCGCCGUACUGUGCGGUUUAUCGAGAGGUGCGCUGACUGCGACGUGUCCCGGAUAUAUUUCGGAAAUAACCUACAGCCAAUACAGACAGUUAUUUCUAUCGCUGACGACGACUUUUUUCACUUUGGGCGUUUUCAUCGUCAGCUUUUUGCACGCGUUCACGACGUACGUUCACGCGGCGUUAUUCUUGAGCGGAUGUUUUGUCGCGCUCACUGUUCUAACCUAUUUGGUCGUGCCUGAAAGUCCGCACUGGCUAGCCGUCAUAAAACUCGACUCUACGACCGCCAAACGCAAUUUGAAAAAGCUCAAUCCCAACCAAUCGGUAUUCGACAACGAAUGGCGCUUGAUCGAAGAAAAACUCAACGACGUUUCGACACCUCGUACCGCCAAAGUUGCGAAAAAACUCGGGCUGCUGAAAAACACCUCGGUCUACAGACCUUGCCUAACGCUGCUCGGAUUGAUAUUUUUCCAACAAUUCUGCUUCAUUUACCCGUUCACCAGCUAUACGAUACGAUGUCUGCCGGCUCUGGCGCCCGAACUCGGCCACCGCUACGAAAAGCACAUCUUUCUAGCGACCGGCGUAGCUCGUAUGCUCGCCGCCAUCGCCACGUCAGUCGCAUUGGCAGCCUUUAAUCAGAAACAACUGCUGCUGCUGUCCGCCGCCGGCAUGGCUUUGUCCAGCUUCGGUCUGCUCAUCACCAGACUGCAACUGCCCGUCGUCGACGUAUCCUUCGUCGACUGGAUAAGCCUCGGCGCUUUUCUAAUUUACUUAUUGAGCGGCUACGUAGGCUUGCUAGGAGUACCGUGGACUAUAAUAUUCGAACUACUGCCGACCGAGGUUAAAGGCCUGAUGGGACCAGUUUUGGUAGCCGUCGGCUACGCUACCAUGGCGUUAGUGUUGAAAGUCUUCCCUCCCAUUUACGACCAGUACACUACCCAAGUAUUCGUAUAUACGACCGUAAUAUCGCUGUGCGCCGUAUUCUACGUAAGUCGUUUCGUCGUCGAAACCAAAGGCAAGUCGUUAUACGAGAUAGAAAACUUUUACGCUAAAAAAUCGCACAAAAACACCAACACCGCCACCACCACUACUACUACCACCACCGUAUUAAUUAACACUAAUCGUAGUAACGAUAAUAAUAAUAAGACGAAUAGAUAAUUUGAAAAAUAAAAAAAUAUUUUUACUCGA